CUCGCUGUGCUCCGCAAUUUUUAGCUUCUCGUCCUGCGAACGCUUCCCGCAAGUUCGAGACGCUCGGAGUAUACUCGAUUACCCACGCUAGAAGGAGUAGAACACUUAAAAAAGCUUCAUUCGCGUUAGCAAGCUUAAGCUACAAGAUCGUAUUGAUGUGUGGUUUGAACGUGUGAUAUUUCUUGGAUCGUUAGAAAAAACAAUAGAUACCAUAAAAUAGACGAGGGCGAAGCAAUUAGGGUGUUGGCAAUUAACUUCUAAUUGAUAUUGACGGACAACUUUAGGAUGACAUCUAAAGUGCUAAUGAAACUACCAACAGUGCCCUUCCCUCAAGGAAAGAAAGCACCACCUGACUUGGUUUCCUUGCCUGAAAGAAACGACGGAUUCGCACAUGUUAGGCAUCAAGGCCUGAAUGUAGAUAGAGUCAUGCAACUGGAGCAGAAUAUGAAAUUUUUACAGGAACAACAUCAGGCAACUUUGGUUGCCUUACAUCAAGAAAUAGAAUGCUUGCGUCAAAGAAACAGAGAUCUGCAAUUUCAAUUAGUAUUUUCCAAAAGAGCACCUUAUGGUGCGGCUAGUAGUCCUUCUUCACCCGAAGAUAAUGGAAAUGGGUUUGCGAAAUCAAAGGGUAGCCCAACAUGUGUCAAUGUAACACCUCUGCAAGUGGAACUUCUGGAGAAAGAUUUACAAGACAUUAAGAUGUCAUUACAAGAGGCAAAAACGCAUAACCAGUACUUGUCAAAUAUUAUAGAACAGCAAAAAAAAAGAUUGGACAUAACAGAAGAUCAGAAGAACAAAAUCGAAGUAGCGGAUGUUGGAAUUCAAGUGGGAGAUCCUGUGCAGGCGAGCUUAGUUGUACUUUUGGAGGAAUCGUACGCGAUGGUGAAACGGUUACACAAGGAAAAUAUGGAUCAAAAGAAAGAAAUAGUUUCGCUACGAGCGGCUUCUUCAGCAAAUAACGCUAGUACCAGCAGAGGUGGGCGCUCCCGUGACGGUAAUAAUAGCCAUUACAACCGUGGUUCGCCUACCAGUACGACACAGGAACAGAACUCUCGUAAAUUUCCACCAUUACCAAUACCGAGCUAUUGGCAUCGUAGAUCACUGAGAUAUAGCACGAAUCGACAUGAGAAGCAAGAUCAUCAUGCAGAAACAGACUCGACCGUUUUACCACAACUCCAGAAUGGCAGUGUGAAAUCAGCGGAAGCGGCUAGUUUCGAAUCACCGUCUUAUCGAUCUCGCGAGUACCGCAAUUACGGUCGUGAUCGCAAGUACAGAGGUCAAGCAUCGCGAAGAGAUAGCAAUCAUUAUUAUCAUUCUCGCGAUUUCAAAGAUAGAAAUUCUAAGGAUCAUCCGAGAGACAUGAACGACACUGGGGAAGGAUCGAAAGACACGGAUCAUUCUCGGAGACAGUAGAUCGCAAAAUAUAUGUUACUGAUACAUAAAAAUUGGUGAACUUUAGUACUUUGAAGCGCAUUAAAGAUUUCGAUACUGUAUAUCAGUUAUAAGACUUAUUGAUGAUAACGAGUGAUCACUGUUUUUUCUUCACUGGUGCUGAUCGAUCAUGACAGUCUCGUGCAUAUAUAGCAUGUAAUAGGAUAGCAACGACGAAUGAGUAUAAACUGUACGAUUUUCGAUAGAAUACUGUCUGUAUAUGCUAAUUUUACUCGUUAUAGGCUGCCAUAAAAGAAUAUAGAAACUCGCGCUUUAUAGAUUGACGAUAAUCAGCAGAGUGUUUAGCGAAAGACUUUUUGCUAGAUGAGAUUUUUUCUUCCUACAGAAAAAAUAAAAGCAGGUAUGACCAAGAGCUCAUUAUAAGUACUAACAUUUUGGCCAAUAUUCGUACUUUACGGAUUUGAGCUUGAUAUGCGUGCAAUAAUCCGAU